AUGAUGGAAGAGAUUUCUCCAGUUGUCCUUGGCUUAAGUACAAUCACACGACUCAAACUAGAAACCGAGGCAGCAAGCCUUCUAUCAGAUACAGCAAUGGUUAUGAACGAGAUGGUGGAAGAUAAAGGAAAACCCAUUAUUUUAGUUCAAGAAGUUGGCGAAGAAGACGAAAUUCUUUCGGUUGUGGAUGACCCUAGUUUAUUGACUAGUGUAGAGUUACUACCAUUAGAUGCUGCUUCAAAUUUAAAUGUGCCUCUAGCUACUUCUUCCGAGACGAGCUUACCCAUUGCUGUCGAGAUCGAGGGCACCGAGAACGGGCAAAUACUUGCGAAGGUCAUUAGUGUGGAGGAGAGAAGCAUAAAAAGGAGAUUAUCUGGAGAUAUUGUGACUGUAGCUGGAAAACAAAAUGAAGAAUGUUCGAGUGGGCCCACAAUCAAGUCAUCGGUGGUUGCUGUCAAGUUAACUGGUGAAAAGGACUCUGGCAAAACCGCGGUUAAGAGCGUCUUUGAAUUGGAAUGUUUGCCUCUUUGGGGUUCAGUGUCCAUUUGUGGGCGUAGAUCAGAAAUGGAGGAUGCUGUUGUGGCCGUGCCUAAUUUCAUGAAAAUUCCUAUCGAGAUGUUUAUUGGUGACAAUGGAUUGGAUGGGAUAAGCCAGACUUUGAGUCACCUAACCUCGCAUUUUUAUGGAGUUUAUGAUGGUCAUGGUGGGCCUCAGGUUGCAAACUAUUGUCGUGACCGUAUCCAUUUUGCUCUGGAAGACGAGUUAAUAAACAUUAAAGAUGUUAUGGUGAAGGAUAUUGCUGGAGAUCCUCGGCAAGUGCAGUGGGAAAACGUUUUCACGAGUUGCUUUGCAAAAGUUGACGAAGAAGUGAGUGGAAAAACGAGCAAAACCGUACCUUCUGAAGGAGAUGAUGACGGGGACAUGUUUUCACCUAUUGCCCCUGAAACAGUGGGGUCCACUGCAGUUGUUGCAGUUGUUUGUUCAUCCCACAUUAUAGUCGCAAACUGUGGGGAUUCAAGGGCGGUCCUUUAUCGUGGUAAAGAAGCCAUUGCAUUGUCGAUCGAUCAUAAACCGAGCCGAGAGGAUGAAUAUGCUAGGAUUGAGGCUGCUGGUGGGAAGGUCAUACAGUGGAAUGGACACCGUGUUUUUGGUGUUCUUGCAAUGUCAAGGUCUAUUGGUGACAGAUACUUAAAGCCAUGGAUUAUACCAAAGCCCGAAGUCAUGUUCGUGCCUCGAGCCCGAGAUGACGAUUGCCUAAUCAUCGCCAGUGAUGGGCUUUGGGACGUGAUGUCCAAUGAGGAAGUUUGUGAGUUGGCCCGAAAGCGAAUCUUGAUUUGGCACAAAAAGAACGGAACAAGCCCAUUAGUGGAAAGGGGCCGUGGAGUGGAUCCUGCUGCGCAAUUGGCUGCCGAGUACUUAUCGAACGUGGCCCUACAGAAAGGGAGCAAGGACAAUAUUUCCGUGAUUGUUGUGGACUUGAAAGCCCAAAGGAAGUUCAAGAGUAAAUCGUGA